GUUUCACCAGCCCCCCCCAUACUCAAAUCAUGGUUUUUUUUUGCACUAAAAAUUAGCACUUAAUUAGCAUGAAUUAGCAAGACUAUUGUCAUAAUUUGCAUGACACUAUUUAAUGAGAAAUAACCAAAAAACUUUGGGGGGCUGGUGAAACGUUUCACCAGCCCCCCCAAAAUUGAAAAAAAAAGAUUUUCCCUAUUUUUUUAUCACCAAUAAUUAGCACGCAAUUAGCAUGAAUUGGCAAGCCUACGCACGAAAUUCGCACGCCAUUAUUUACCGAGCAAUCAGUAUUUCAAAAUUUUGACCGUUUCACCAGCCCCCCCAAAAUUGAAAAAAAAAGAUUUUCCCUAUUUUUUUAUCACCAAUAAUUAGCACGCAAUUAGCAUGAAUUGGCAAGCCUACGCACGAAAUUCGCACGCCAUUAUUUACCGAGCAAUCAGUAUUUCAAAAUUUUGACCGUUUCACCAGCCCCCCCCAAAAUUGAAAAAAAAAGAUUUUCCCUAUUUUUUUAUCACCAAUAAUUAGCACGCAAUUAGCAUGAAUUGGCAAGCCUACGCACGAAAUUCGCACGCCAUUAUUUACCGAGCAAUCAGUAUUUCAAAAUUUUGACCGUUUCACCGGCCCCCCCAAAAUUGAAAAAAAAAGAUUUUCCCUAUUUUUUUAUCACCAAUAAUUAGCACGCAAUUAGCAUGAAUUGGCAAGCCUACGCACGAAAUUUGCACGCCAUUAUUUACCGAGCAAUCAGUAUUUCCUUUUUGGUUACUUAUAUUAUGCAAAAAUGAAUCAAAAUAUUAAUACAAAUCAAUAAUACCUAUUUAUGAAUGAAUGUAUGUUUGAGUUGAUUUGGAACCACUUAUAUACAUUUAUUACUUGCCUGUUGAGAUACUGGACCGUUUUUUUUACGAUAAAAUUUAUGGUAGACGGGAUGUUGCAACUUGUGUACAAUCGAGAAGGAAAUUGCCUUUAAUAAAAAUUAUUGAACCUUAAAUACUAUAAGUUACAAUUCUAUGUACUAUUAUUUGAUACAUCAAUUAUAAUUUAUAACUAGGUAAUAUAUAUUAUUACGUACAUAGUAGAGUACACUUAAAACAGUGUUCAUAAAAUAAGCAUGUAGGUAUCCGAGGUACCUACGACCUACCUAACAUGUAAUCUGUCCCCAUGUUGCUGUAAUAUACCUAUAAGGAUAUACCUAACUUAUUAUUUGCCAUUUGGUAUUUUAAUUGAAUACUAUAACUGUGUACACAAUACGUUAAGUGAAAUUAGUAUCGUAUUCCGUAUUUUUACACGCUCAUCGUCAUCAUAAUAUAAAUAAUUACCAAAUACUUUAAAACGUUAACGAAUAUUAUUCCAUAAAAUUCUAUUUUUAUAAUUAUCCCUAUUAUUGUAUUGAAUUAUUUUGGUAUUCACUACAACUGAAUGUUAGAUACUACCUACAUCGUAGUCAUUUCUCAUUUUACAUUUGAUUUGAUCGCACUGUUUUUGUAGUAUGUGAAUGUGUUUUAUUAAUUAUUUCAAUAUUAUAAAGAAAAACAUUUAUUAAUACUUAAAUGGCUGGACGAAAGUGGGUGAUUGAACCGUCAUUGGUUAUCGAUGCUAUACUUUUCUACAAAGACGCAGUUAUAAUUACCAACGAAAAUGGUGAAAAAAAAGUUGCUGUUGCUACUAACAGUGUAUGGUCUGAUAUCAGUUCAAAGCUUGAUAAUCGCAUGUCAACCAGUGCUCUCCAUACAUUUGUGUUUAAAGGUAGACAUGGGAUAAAGGAAAAACUAGGAUUUCUACCUCUGAAAACAUUUCCUGUUUCUACAAAUAUUUCUGAUGAAAAUCAAUUGUCAAACGGAUCGGGUACGUAAUUUCUAUUUAUGGUAUUUAGCAUUUGGAAUAUUGAGGUUGAUUAUAUAUUAAAGUGUACCUAUUUUUAGUAUGUUUGUAUUAUAAUUUAUAUUAUACAAAUUAUAUGUCUUGUAGUUAUUAAUUAUUAUGCAUAGCGAGCCAUAGGUAUUAUGUACCUAGGUACAUUUAAGUAAAUAAAUAUUUUGAUAUCAUUUAUGAUGUUAUUAAUUAUAAAACCAUAGAGACGACGUAUGAAAUUUAAACACCGUAAUCGUAUAAGACGUGUAGUAGGACGUAUGUACAUUGACUAGGUAUUAUUUUUAUUUUGGUUUUUUUUUUGGGAACGGGAUGAGCGUCCAAUAAGGUAGGUACAUACUUAUUAUAUAAAAAAAAAUUAUGAAGUACGUAAUAUACGGAGGUAUAUGAAUAUAGAUCAUAUUAUAUGCAAGACCCUAUAGACUAUAGUCUAUAAUAGCCUGAUGGCUGAUAUAUAUGUUCAUUUUUAUUUAUAUAAUACCGUUUUAUCAUAAUGGAAAAUAAUAUUGUCUCAAUAUUUUGUGAACGAUCAACAACUGCAUAUGAGAUACGAUUCACUGUCCGUUAGCAUAUAUUAUAAGACGUAACUACGUAAGUAUAUUUAAAAUUAUUUAAGAGGUCGUUCCUAGAGCAUAUUACACACUAGGUGAUCAAACGCGCGUGUCUACGUUUUUUAAACAUUGUGAUUAUUUAUUGAUCAAAAUAAUAUUGCCACACAUGUUUUCAUAUUGAUAAAAUAUUCUAGGUUUCUUUGACGUUCUAUCGCAUAGAAUCACACUAGUUUAAGUUUAAUUAUAGGCAACUAAUCCCGCUAACGCUCUAAAAUUAAACCAUGUACCUAUUUCCAAUGAUUCAUACUGGGCGUUUAAACGUCGUAUUCAUUUUAUAAUAGUUUUAAGAUCAUGAGGUUUUUAAAAACGUCAACUUGCGCGUUUUAACUACCAAGUGAGUUUAGUAGUAUAUGCAGUAUGCACUUUAAUAAAAUAUGUUGCUUUGGCCAUGUACCUACUAAUUUAAACUUCAGUAGUUCAGUCUCUUGUUCGAUGGGAAGUGGAUCUAAUUGGUGCCAUAGGCAUGAGUAGGCUUUGUUCGCAGAGGCGGCUCCUUAUAAAGGUCUGAACCUUAUAAUUCAUUAUUAAAGACAUAUGUGACCAAUAUUUUAAAUAGAUAAACCUAGGUGAUAUUUACUUGUUAAAAGUUCUGUUUUAUUUUAUUAAAUUUUAUAAAUUUUGUUUUUGAUAUUAAUUUUAAUGCUCAAUUUUAUUCG